AACCAACCAACCAAAUAUCAUCAGCAGGCACAAUGACAACGAGCAACAACAACAAGGACGCCGGCGGAGGUUCAGCAAAUCUAUCAAGGACCGUAAGAUUCAAGGGACACGAGCAACUACCUUACAGAUUGAUCCUCUCCCUUCUAUCCCACAAACCGAUUAGGAUAGAUGAUAUCCGACCAGAUGACCAAGAGCCCGGUCUGAAUGAAGCCGAAGUAUCUUUCCUAAGGUUAUUGGAGAAACUGACCAACGGGACGACCGUAGAGAUCUCCUACACCGGAACCUCGCUUCUCUUUGUGCCUGGGACUUUGACGGGAGGACACAUUACACAUCAAACACCACUGUCAUCGUCGAUUGGUUACUUCCUCACUCCAAUCCUAGCAAUCGCCCCAUUUUGCAAGCACGACCUCACCCUAGUCUUGAAAGGAAUUACUACCUCCAACGAUAGCCUCUCAGUCGAUGUUCUCAGGGUCAGCGGCCUACCUACUCUCGGGAUUUGGCUUGGAGAAAAUGCAGGAAAACUGGAGCUCAAGAUCUCGAAACGAGGCCAUCCCCCGGAAGGAGGCGGAGAAUGCUGCUUUAAAUGUCCAUCUGUCAAGCUAAUCAAGGCAGGCGUGAACUUCACUGAAUCCGGCAGGAUAUCAAAGAUCAGAGGGAUUGCUCACUCGGUCAGAGUCUCUCCACAGCUCGCGAAUCGGCUAGUCGCAUCGGCCCGAUCGGUCCUAAAUCGAUAUAUUCCCGAUAUCUAUAUUUACACAGAUGUUUAUCGGGGAGCUGAAAGUGGAAAGUCGCCCGGCUAUGCGUUAACACUGCUUGGCACAUCGACGACCACCGCACUCUAUACAGCCGAAGCGGUAUCCUAUCCGACUUCGACCCCUGAAGAUAUCGGAGUUCUGGCGAGUCGGCGACUGUUAAAACAGAUCUCGAGAGGCGGAUGCAUCGAUCAAGGUUUUGAAUGGUUAGGGCUCUUAUUCUUGCUAUUGAGCCAUCAAACGGAUAUCGGCCGGAUCAAGAUAGGCGGACCUUUCACUGAAGCCUUGGUCGCCUGGAUCAGGGAUCUCAAAACAGUCUUCGGCGUUCAGUUCAAAAUCACUCCUGUCGAACGCCAGAUCAUUCCAGAAGCCGAUGAAGAAGAUGAGGAGGCGGAGGGGGAGGAGCGGCAAGAUCUGAAGGAAGUUUGUUUCAAUCAGAAACUGAACAAAAUUUUGCCUUCUGAAUAUGUGGUCAGCGCAGUCGGACUGGGCUGGAUCAACACUGCCAAAUCGGCCAAGUAAUGCACUUUCAUCUGUACAUCUAAGAUCCAUCCAAUGCUACAAUCUAUCACCGAUUGAUUAAAAAAAACAAGGAAACC